AGCCCUGUAAAUGAGAGAAGAUUUGCUCUUGAGUGGCUCUGGCUCCUAGCCUCCUCUCUGGAGAUGAGCCCUUUCUUUCCCUCUCCCUCAAAUUGUUGGAUUUUUUCUUUAAUGACCUUCUGAUUCCCUCACCACAACUACAGACCGCUCCCGAGAGCCCGCUGAGUGCAUAAAUCCAUUAGCAACGUCUCCCUUCCAAUGCAAAUAUAGAGCCCGGCUCCUGUUUACAGCAUACCCAUCCCUCAUUAAUAAAUACCAAAUCAACUCCCACAUCACGAGUGACGUGUCUUGGGCCAUCCGUAGGGGACACGGUACCAUUUGCCUCCUUAUUUGGAAGCAGGAGAAGAUGCAGCGAGCUUUUAUAGCUAUCCUCACCCUUUCUCUUGGGACAGCAGGGGCUGCCCCCAGGUACAUCUGCACGUACUACGAUGUCAUCGAGCACCUGAACAUCACCUCCCACAGCAAGCUCCACUCCCACAUACUGCCAAAGACGAACUGGAAGGAGCCUCUGGAAGUGAACAUGGAUUUUAUGCUGAUAGCUAUUCUCUCUGUGGCUGAAAAGCUGCAGACGGUCACUUUUUAUUUCGUGUUGACCUUGGAGUGGAGGAACGCCUUUGCGACUUGGGACCCGCAGGAUUUCUGUAACAUCUCCAAAAUCGUUCUGCCAAUGGAUUCCUACUGGUCGCCCCCCAUCUUCAUUUUAGAACGGGUGAACGAACAGAAGUCGGACUUGGAGUACAUGGUUGUCACGCACAACGGCACCUUCAACACAAGCCAGCCCUUCCAAGUUACCUUAACGUGCAGCCUGAUGAUCCUCAAGUUCCCCUUCGACACCCAGACGUGCAACAUAAGCAUAGCUUCAUUUCUCUACCCAGUAACAGACCUUGUCAUGAAAGUCAAGCGGACACCAGCUGAGAUGAUGAAAAACAGCCAGAGUUACUUCAUAACCGAUGGAGAGUGGAAGUUCACCAACCUGAGCAUCAGUGAAUACAGAGAAGGGCUGGAUGAUGAUGAAUAUCCAGUGAUCAUCUACAAGAUUUCCAUGGAGAGACGACCUACUCUGUAUAUUCUGAACCUGAUCCUGCCAACGUGCGCGCUGUACCUGCUCGAUAUGGCUGUGCUGUUUGGACCCAGCUCUCUCGAGGAGAAAAUCAGCUUCCAGAUUUCCAUCAUCCUGGGCAGCUCCAUGUUAGCCGUGAUUCUCAACAACAUGCUUCCUACUUCCUCCAACGAACCACCCAUAAUAGUGCUGUUCUUUUUGGGCACCUUCCUGCUAAUGAUCAUGGCCGUGUUAGACACCUUCUUCCUGCUGCACCAGCAGCACAAAUCCCUACGCUUCGACAAGGCUCUCGGAAGCAUCCAGCAAGGUGUGCACACCAGGCUGGCAACAGACGCCAACAACCAGGCCAUGAAACCCCUUGCCAAGAAGACCCAGGAAAAAGGGCAGCAAGCCAAGCCCCACUGGAAACCACAGGAGCAGGACCCAGUUCUGCCAGUUCUGGAGAAGGUGCUUCUCUACAGUCACUUAUUCUUGUCACUCUUUUUUUUUGCUGUUAUUUCUAUAAAAUGGAGCAGCUAGGGGCCAGCUCCGUGUUACGCUCAUUCAGUCUUUCUCAAUUUUAUUGUUUCCAAUCUCUCCACUGUCUUGUUUUUUUUCCCCUGCUUGAUUCAUAGAGCUGCAAAUGUUUCAGUUGCCUAAAUUAAAAACCAAACCAGGGCAUAAGA